AUGGUGGUGUUUAGCACUGUCGCCUCACAGAAAAAAGCAUUCUAUAUAAGAAGCAUCUUCCUGUUCAUUGAGCCCAAUACUAGUGUGACUCGGGACACCAAUGUGACUGUGAGAUGUAAGGCCACCGUCGGAAGCUUGAGAAGGGAGGUGCUGAGUCGUGAGUACACGAUAUACAAGGACAGCAAAAAGGUGUACACCAAGACCUCAAGCACAUCAGAGAAUCUGCUGUACCAGCUGCCCGGGGCCUGACUCUCCAACACCGUCAGAUAUAAGUGCAAGAUCAAUAUCGAGGGCAGAGAGAAGACAAGUGAAGCUACACAACUCACCGUGACAGGCAUGAAACCAGUUGUCCACCUUAACAAAGAGGUUGUCAGUGAAGGGGAGGUAACAGCCACAUGCACAGCGCCCGGGGAGACAGGCUCCAUUUACUUCUGCUUCUAUGAGGACUCCACAGAGAUCCUGGACGGUGUGGUCCACUCCAACCAGCUAGAAGCCAAGUUAACUCUCAGCAGCAUUGGCAUCCACAAUCUUAGCUGUGCCUAUGCUGUCCCAAUAAUGCCACUCUACUUCAAGUCUGAAGAGAGCAACAUUAUCACUGUUUCAGUCAAAGAGUUCCCCAUCACUCCAGUCCUGGAGAUUUUGCCUCAGUCCAAGGUUUAUGAAGGAGAUCAACUCAGCAUCUCGUGCACCUUCAGAACACUUCUCAACAUCUCUGUGAGCAGCCCUCCCUAACUGGACCUGGUCCACGGGACAAAGAUUCUCAGCAGGGGAGAAACCAAGAUCAACCACAGCAUGGUCGCUCUGGCAGAGGACCCUGGGGAUUUUGAGUGCAGAAUGGAGAUAGGACAUGUGACCAAAGGCACCACAGAGAUGGUUCCAGUGACUGAGCUGUUUUCGGCGCCCACUCUCACCAUGUCUUCUGCCGAAGUCUUUCAAAAGGAUUAUAUGACACUAACCUGCAGAAGUGAGAACUACGCCUCUGAAAGAAUCACCAGGGAAGAUCUGACUUACACUCUUGAGCCGCCUGACAGCCCACUGACCCCCAAGACGCCCGGGGUCUUCUCUGGCAAGGCCCUGCAACAUGAUUUUGACUAUACCUGUGUAGCUCAAGCCAAGGGCAUCAUGAAACACAGUAACACCCUGACUGUAUCUCCAAAAGGUGAGCUAACAUGA